AUGAUGAAGCCCUUCCACCUUGAUCUGGCGGAAGCUCGUGAGAGACUCGCCUUACAGGCCUCGGACGAGACCGAAAUCCUGGACGAGAUUUCCACUGUGAUUGGUGUGCCUCCCAUGGGUAUUGAUAUACGCAAAGGCUCUCUACGUAUAGGAAUGGGGGUGAUUGGUCAUCUAUUGAAACACGAAGCAGCUCUGGUAGCACCGAAGUCUCGACAAGAACGCUGUGAACGUAUACUGAAGACUUGUAUGUCCCGGAAAUAUGCUGCUAAAACAGUGAGGACGGUUGUCCGAAUACAGUCCCUGUACCGUAGUUGGUUUGAGCGCAAGGAGAGCCUAGAGAGAGUCCCUAGAGCGCUCAACUGUCUCUUCGGGGCGCUCUGUCUCCUACGCCGUGUUAACGAGUUUUCGAAGCGUCACGCUGCUGUGGUGCACCUCCAACGGACUUGGCGACGUAAACGUACAAGAAUGAAGUACGCCAAGGCCAUCAUGCAGCUCAGACGAAUCCGCGCCAGUAUUGUCAUUCAAGCCUUCUACCGCAGGCUAGUCGCGACAAGGAUCGUCGAUGAGCUGCGGCUGAGGCAGAGUAGAGUGUAUUCCAUCGAGAUCAUACAGUGCUUCAUCAGACGCUAUUUGGAUCGUCGUACGCUUCUCGAUAGAGCCUUCCGUCUGAGAGCAGAAAAAUCUGCUGUGCUCAUACAGGCGCACUGGCGUGGGGUCCUCAUCAGGCGUUGGUGGGGGAGAGUACGCGGAGGUCUCCCCUGGCUGGCGUUGAUAGUUAAGUCCAAGCUUAUUGCUAUGAACGAAGCCCAGGUUAGGCUGGCAGCAUGGUGGCGAGGUGUUGCGACCAGAGUGGUACGCUCGGGGCCGGGCCAGCGAGUUUACGAGUUCAUGUGUGCAGCAAGAGAAGGCAUCAGGGAGGAAGUUCGCCAAAAUCGGUCAGCACGAAGAAUCCAAACUCGAUGGCGAAGCUACAGGCUGGUUCGACAGUUGAAGACUUUGACCAAGACGUCAUAUGAUAUACAAGCUGCGAUACGGACGAUAUCAUGGCGGCGUUGGUGGGUAUCGCUAAGGCGAACAGUUAUCCAUCUGCAACGUAACUUCCGAGCCCGGGGCGAGUUGGCCGAGAUGGAAAGGCAACUUCGUGCGAAUGAAUGGUCGGUACGGAGCAUCACUCAUCAGAUGAUACCCAUAGCAUUGAGUCGUGAUAUUUGCGUUAUUCAUGCCCCAGAGAACGCCGAGGAAACUCUUAGAUCGGCGUUCGAUACCAAUGAGCGCAAUCAUGGCGGCGACUUGCAUAUUUUCGGGUCUCGCUGUAAGCAUGUUAUCGCCCUCAAACAAGGCUGGCUGUGGGUAUCUGGUCACGUUGUGCCGCCCCCGCCUAGGCUCGAGGCUGUUACCGUUAAGACUAUUGCAUGUGGUUCCCAACACGUCUUAUUCACUUGUCACGAGACAGAGCUCUGCUUCGCAUGGGGUUCCAACUCGAUGGGACAGUGUGGAUUACCACAAGAUGCAGUGGCGUUCCUGAGAACACCCCUGGUUAUACCUCUCAAGGGGUCGGAUGGCAGAGUGAAGUUCAUAGCGGCUUCAGGGAAGACCUCAGCCUAUGUGACGAAACGCCGGCCUUCCAGGGUCCAUGUCAUCGGCCAGUGUAUCGAAUCAGAAUGCGCAACUGUUGGAGAUUUUGGUGAAGACGCCAUCAUCAGAGUUGUCCUCUCAGUAUUCGAGGACGCCUCACAACGGGUCCUCCGGCCCUGCGUUUUCGUCCUGACAGCCACGGGCGAGCUCUAUUCAUGGGGUGACAAUACGUGUAAACAACUCGGAAGGCCGACAGAGUAUUCCCAACACUCUCGGAUACCUGGCAAGGUUGAUCUGGACGCGGAAUCAGCGGGUCGCAUAGUGCAAGUGUCAGUGGCCGCUGGCGCCGUGUACGUCUUGGCUGUUACUGACGCGGGUGAGGUCUUUGCGUGGGGUACCGUCAUGCGCGCUCAUGCGGGGGGUCCUCCAGAAGCCUUCAAUUUCGAUAGGCCGACCAGCGUUAUCCUACCCCUUGAAAACACUGUGGCCAUCCAAGUUGCUGCCUCUUGGAGUGAUAGAUGGUUCGUCGUGCUGGCCCCGCAGUAUUCUGUCUGGUGCUGCCGGGGACUUCGUCGCCGUGGUGCUUUCGCUGUGGUUGAGAAUGCCGAUCCCAUCAAGUGGCCAGCGACAAGCUAUGAGUCCCGAGCUGGUCGAGCGUUACUACAGUGCAGCAACUCGGUGAAGGGCAGUUUGGUCUACGUGGUCUUCGAGUGA